AUGUCUUUCUUCAAGCCAACCAACAGCCUGCUCGAAAAAGUUGUCGUCUUCUCCGCUGUGGUGGCCUGCGCGUCGGCCGGCUACCUCGGACUCGGAGGCCUCGGUGGCGGUGCCGGCCUCGGUGGCGGUGCCGGCCUCGGUGGCCUCGGCGGCGGUGCCGGUCUGGGCGGCCUCGGUGGUGGCGCCGGCUUGGGCGGCCUCGGUGGUGCUGGUCUCGGAGGUGGCAUCACUCACCUAGGCACCGCUCUGGGCGCCGCGUCCGCGCACCCAGUGGCUACCCUUGGAUUGGUCAAGCAGCCAGUCAUCAACUACGGUGUGGUGGCCAAGCCCGUCGUCAGCUACGUCGCCCAGCCCGUGGCACACAUUUCUCACGCUGUCAAGCCAUACAUCAGCUACCACAAUGGAGCCGGAGGUCUCGGUGGCGGUCUUGGGGGUCUGGGUGGAGCCCUCGGUGGUGCCGGCCUUGGAGGAGCUGGACUCGGAGGAGCAGGUUUUGGCGGCCUCGGCGGUCUCGGACUCAAGGGUCUCAAGAUUUGGUAG